UAUGUUUGGAUAUAAACUCUUCACAAUAGUAAGAGAAAAAACUGUUGUUAUUGUAGAACAAUUAGGAAAAUAUCACAGAACCUUACAACCUGGUUUAAACUUCCUUAUUCCACUCAUUGACAGAGCAGCAUACACUUAAUCCUUAAAAGAAGAAAUCUUACCUAUUGAAAAAUAAUAAGUUAUAACUAAAGAUAAUGUUGCCAUUCAUCUUGAUGGUAUAGCAUUUAUUCGUAUUAUUGAUCCAUUUAAAGCAUCUUAUUAGGUAUAUUACUAUAUUCAUUUAAAUAGGUAAGUGAACCAUAAAAUGCUAUUAAAUUGUUGUGUCAAACUAUACUUAGAUCAGAAAUAGGUAAAUUAAAAUUAGAUCAACUCCUCUAAGAACGAUCUGCAUUGAAUCGUGCUUUGUAAAGUGGUCUAAGUAAGGCUGCAGCAGAAUGGGGUUACACUAGUUUGGGGGUUGAAAUAUUACAAAUUGAUAUACCAGAAGAAAUAAGAGUUUCAAUGUAAGCCUAAGUUGUUGCUGAAAGAAAUAAAAGAAGAGAAAUUUUAGAAAGUGAAGGCAAACAAAUUAGCGAAAUCAAUAUUGCUACAGGUGCAAAAACUGCUGCCAUUAAAAUUGCAGAAGGAGAUGCUGAAGCAGUUAGACUUGUUUCAUAAAAUGAAGCUAAAGCCUUAAAUUAAAUUGGUGAAGCUCUAUAAGAAUAAUCUAAAAAAAGAGUUUUAGAUUAUAUACUUUUAUAACAUUACUUAAAAGGAUAUUCAAGCAUUUUGAAAUCAUCCAAAGUAGUAGUUGUUCCUAAAGGAAAAGAUGGAUAAGGAAAUGAUUUUAUGAGUUUGGCUGCUAUGAUGAUGUUCAAUAAUUAAAAUUCUCCAGUUUAAAAAAUUAGAGAAGUUCCCUAAAAGCCUAUAGAUGUAUCUAGUAAUUCUACAGCUUCAUAAACUGAAAUAAGUAAGUUAACUUAAGAAUAAUUGGAUAAUCUUAUUAAAAAGAAUGUUUAUUAUAAUGAUCCAAGGUAUUGAUUUAAAUAAUCUUAGACUAUAUUCAGAUGAUGAGGAAAAAAGAACACAUUGA